ACAGCAAACAGUGUGAGGUGACGGUUUCACUUAUGCUCGACUGAGAGGUUGAAGUCGGGCCAGGUUUACAGUCAUGUUGUGAAAGGUUCGAUAGGAAGAUAAAGCAGAACACGGGAGCAAUGUUUAAGGUUCAUUUAGGAUGAUAAUGAAGACUAUCAGCCACCGUUAGCCGUGCUGCGUUUUACAUAUUGUGCCACCAUGGAAGGAAAAUGGCACAAAAUGAAAAAAGAGGCUUGUUUUCCAGCAUAAACAUGAUAUUAUAACAAGUACAAGGACUACAGUAAAUGUGACCUCGCUAGCUCAAAGCAGUCAUUUCAUAUAUGCAUUGCUGUUGGUUACAUAACAGCACCAUUAUGUUUUAAUAACGAUGUGUUUUAAAAAUGCCACACAAGCACUUUUUUUUUUUUUUUAAUUGAAGUGCUGCAGAAAUGUUCUCAUGUGAAAAGUUUAGCCUGCGGGGUUUUUUGUUCGGAGGGCACAGACGGGACUCACGUCACCGGUUCAAAUGUCAGGUUUUGUCAUGAAAUUCACAGUGAAGAUAUUGAUCAUUGCAGCUGCUCUGUAGACCAACAGCAGUAGAUAGGAGCAGAGCUGUGGUGAUGCUCAGCAGCUGACAGGUGUGGAUGAACACAACAGAGCACACUUGAUCUGUCAAUCUUCUCAGGAUUUGAAGCAAACUACAGGCUGCUUCACAGGAAGUCUGGUUUGAUGUCUGCGUCAGUUUUCUAUCCAUGGCCGUGUGGACGCGUCAGUGUGGUCUGUGGACUCCUCCUCCUGGCCUCUUUUCAACAUCUCACUGCAGGCAGAGUGAGCAACUGCAGUCAUCCUCUGGUGCCAGAACAUGGAGGUUUCCGCUGUGAGCCGUCGCCGUGCCGAGGAUUCCCCCCGAGGAGCGGCAUCCUUUUCUUCUGCGAGCCCGGAUACCACAUCAUCAACAACGUCCGGAACUCCAGGUGCCGCCACGGGAGGUGGCAACCUCCGAUACCUACCUGCGUCCCCAUCAAAGAGAGUCCUAACGUGAACUCUAACAGCAGAGUGAACGAAUCUAUGCCCAGCAUGGCCACGACGGCGGUGGGCGUGUCCAUCUUCCUGCUCACCACCACCGCCUGCCUGGUCGUCAAGUCCCGCCUCUACCCCUGUCAAUCACACAGCAGCCGUCGCUCCUCAGACCAGCUGGACCUGAUGGUGGACGGACUUCCUGUCUCUCUCCCCUCUUACGAGGAGGCGGUUUACGGUAGCUGGGGGCAACGCAUACCUGCCUGCUCAGCGCCGGGACCCACCCAGCUCCUAUUGGCUCAGGAGGCUCCCGGCUGUCACCUGUCGUCUCACAACAACCAAUCGGACGACAACCAGCGCCCUCUCCUGUCCAACCAAAGCCCAGACAACCCCCCGCCCCCUUACGAGGAAGUCCAAUCACAUCCUAGAGACAGAAUGAACGGCGAAGACGUCCGGCAGCUACAUGUGGCACUUUUGGAUGACAAGGACACUUGAGCGUGGUUCUUGUUUAUCUUCGUUUCUAGCACAUAGGCUGCGGUUGUUUAGCAACAAAAAGCACGAUUUAAUUGACAGCUGAUUGGCUGCAAGCGUUCGCUCUGCAGAUGAUAACAGCUGAAUGACUGACAGCAGACUCCUGUGCUCCCUGCACUUUUCCUGGUUGGCUGCAGCUCACCAGCACGAGGACUCUGUCCUAUCACACGCUAUUUUAGACGAAGCUGAUAAGCUCUGAUUGGCCAGAUGUCAGGUCACAAGAACCUGAAGAAGAGAAGUUAAUAUUUACAAAUGAAAUGUUGAUUGUAUAGUGUUAAUGUAUGAAUGACAGAAGAGAGAGUUUAUGUGCACGUGUGUAUCCAGAAUGUCAUCUUUUCAGGAAAUAACGGCCUUGUUUUUAGCGUGAUGACGAUGCACAUUCAUUGUUUUUUUUUUUGUUUUUUUUUAAUAUUCAACAAGAAAAUUAAUCAAAUCAAUUAACCAAAGUGGAUUUGAAGGUUUUGUGAACCUUCAGUUUAAACAAGAAAAUCCUAUAAAAAAAAAAUUGAAGUUAUGCGGUUUUCACUGUGUGUGUGUGUGUGUGUGCAUGCGUGUGUGUGUGCAUGUGUGUGUGUGUGUUUUCAGUGCUGUUCUGGAGACAUUGUCUAUCCUUCCCGUCAGUGACGGGGCUGAUGAAGACUUCUUUGAUGAAGUCGGUGGCGUGCUUGUUACAGAAACCUGUGUGUUUCCACGGCAACCAACUCUACUCCAUUUCUAUCUGAGACUUUUGUACAGCGUUUUUCUCUUCAAGUCUAAAUCGGACUGUCAUGCACAUUUUGUUGAUUUGAAGCCAGCAUGGCGAACAGAUGCUCGGGCGAUCGAUGGUGAACUUUGUGAAAUUCAACUGUGAACAACAGCAUGUUGUGACGUUAAUUCAUUAAAAGUUUGUGUACAUUGAUUAUUUAGAGACUUGAAAAUGCUCAGAAGGUCUUUGAAAGUGUUUCUCCUGUGUUCAUUCAGUGGUGACUGAAGUAAAAUAAGAAUAAUCUGAUUAAUUUGAAUCUUUCUGAAAUGAUUGUUCAUAUAUUUGCCCUGGUGGCAGCGGUGCAGACAAAUAGGUGCUUUUAUCAAAAUACUCCAUAUCCAAAUAACAGUUUUCUUGCACAACCUGCACUAGAACAACACAGAUUUGGGACCAAAGCCCCCGAAUAACCUUAAACUCUUGAUUCUCAGUGUCCUCGCUUCACCUCGCUGGUUCCUUUUCUGUCUCUUUGAUCUCUGCAGAGCGACUGACACUUUCACAGACCUUGAAUGUACUUUAUGUUUCAUUCUGUGGUAAAAAGGAAUCUAACUAUUAUAUGGAUUAUAAUAUUUACAGAUUGGUUAUUUGUAUAUUGUAUUAUUGCACAGAGUUAUAUUAUAAAUAAAUGUUGAGUCUUUAUUUGA